CCUCACCAGACCCGUCUUCCACCCAACUCACCAUUUCGCCCCCAGUGCAGCACAUGCGGGCGGCUUUCGCUUGUGAUUGGCGGAAGACAGCAACGACCAGACUGGACCAGGACCAACAGCCAGAAACCUUGAUCCUUGUUCAGGCUUGAUAGACUAGGACCAGGCUCAGUUCAGACUCAGGCAGCUCAUCGCAGGCGACACUUCCCCCACGUCAUGUCAUCGCAGCCGCUGCUUCAGUCCGCCCCCGGCAAGCGCAUCGCCCUCCCUGUUCGAGUAGAACCAAAAGUCUUCUUUGCAAACGAGCGCACCUUCCUAUCAUGGCUCAACUUCACCGUCAUUCUCGGCGGCCUCGCAGUCGGCCUCCUCAACUUUGGCGAUAAGGUCGGACGUAUCUCUGCUGGCCUCUUCACAUUCGUCGCUAUGGCCACCAUGAUUUACGCACUCGUCACCUAUCACUGGCGCGCAAACGCUAUUCGCAAACGUGGAUCAGGCCCUUAUGAUGACCGCUUUGGCCCGACGAUGCUGUGCAUCUUUCUACUAGCGGCCGUGGUCGUCAACUUUGCUCUACGCGUCUUCAAGUAGGGCUCUUCUUUACUACAGUUCAGUGCAUCAUAAUCAAAGCUCAUGUACCCCCCUAUGCUCGUACAGCCGUCAUGUCACGUCGUAUCACAAAGUGUGUACCACGCCAGCUAAUCUUGUCAUUACUCAUGGCCCAAAUCCAUGCAGGUAAUGCCGUACACUCCCGCAGAAACCAGACAUAUGUGAAUUCCCACAAAGGUAUCGCCUUGCGUGCUUGCUGUGGGAUGGCAUCGCCGUGUUGUGCGAGUGCCUGUGCUUGUCCAUAGUCCAGUAAGAACCAAGCAAGGAUAUGCAGUGCUAGCCACGUCUGCACGCUGGUUUCUAGCACGGCAUGCAUCGCAUAGGCGCCCAUCAAGCCGAG